AUGGCGCGCUUCACCAACAUUGGUCUGCACCGCAAGAACUUUGUUCAGUCAGCGGCACAGGAGGAGUCGAGCCAACGUGCUGCCUUCAGCGCGGAACGGGCGGACGCGCGCCGCUUCAAGCGUGCCGAAGAGCGGGAAGUGAACACGACGUGCUUUGCGUGUCGCGGGACGGGACAUGCUGCGCGCGACUGUCCCAAUAUCCUCGCUGCAGCUGAAGGGGCUAAUGGGAGUGCGGCGAUGCUCGAGGCGGAUGAGCUUGCGCGCAAGGCAGGGUUGGUUGGUGACAACGGGGAGGAGUCUGGGGAAGAGUCUGAACAGGCCGCGGAGGACGAGGGCAAGAAGGACAAGACGAAAGGCAAGGGGAAGAAGGAGAAACUCACUGGUGGACAGGUUACUGGCGGCAAGUGCUACCGGUGCAACUCGUCUGCACACAGCUUGCACCACUGCCCUGCGCCUGUGGACCCAGAGAACCCGACGCCGUUCGCAACGUGUUUUGUCUGCCUCGGGUCGGGACACCUGUCUGCCGGAUGCCCCAAGAACCCAAGGGGCGUAUACGUCAACGGCGGUGCGUGCAAGAUCUGCCACAGCGUCGCGCACCGCGCCAAGGACUGCCCGACGCAGCGGCCCGAGCCUGGAUUCGACGUCAAGCCCAGGGGUAGGCCGGCGCUCGUGCUGGGCACUGGAGAGGGUGCGGGGGCGGAUGAAGACGACUUCAUGGUCACUCGCCGCACGGCUACGCCUGGUGAGGCCAAGGGCACGCGUGCAAAGCACCUGCCAGCCAAGAACAGCGCACGUGGACCCGCUAAGCGGCCAGGCGAGGAGGGUUGGUUUGACCAGGACAAGCCGGUUGCCAAGAAGAAGAAGGUGGUCUCGUUCUAG